AUGAACGAACAAUUCGCGAGGCGCGUGCAAAAGUUGAUGAAAAUCAACAUGAAAUGCGAGGUGCCUCCUGAAAUCAUAUCUCGACUCGUCAAUGACUCGAUUGGUCUUGAUAAUCGUAUCACUGGGAAAUCGGACAAGGAGGUCAUCGACAUCCUAAUUCUCAAAGACGACCAACAUGACUCCAAAUCCAUAGGCUUAAUGUAUCAUAUUCUUACGAGUGCUGAUAAUUUAGAGCUUUAUCAGAGGAUUAUCCGAUUCAUCAACGGCGGUGGCGUGGAGUAUUGGCACAAUGUGCUCUGCAAUAUGAAUAUGAUUCUUUUCGAAUGCUGGCCACACAUACAUCUGGCGUGUCGAGAGCAGCUGGUUCGUCUGAUUCGAGAGGCGAUUCGACAAAAUGUGAAACAGAUUGAGAAUGUGCUCAUGAACGCGUAUAGAGUGGCGAAUGGCUGUUUUGAUAAUGUAUCGAAGCAGAGGAUUUUUGCGAAGCUCGCCGCCAUAAUUCGUGAGAACGACGCCUGGUUCAAAUCUCAAAAAGCAGCCGCUGCACUCGUUGGAAACAUUAUCACAUGCACUACAUCCGUUAUCUCCUAUACGCCAGCCCCAAUUACCGCUUCAGACACAUUCCGAGAAUCUAUGACGGAUUUCGUCUGCUGGGUGAUAAGGAAUCGGAAAAUGGAUUGUUUAACACUAGGAAGAGAUUUUAUGUUGGUCCUUAUUCGUCUUGGACGGCUACCACAAGUCGAGGAGAUCUGGAAGGAUAUUCUAAUGAAUCCCUCUAGUUAUGGAGUGGCUUCAACGGAAGACUAUUGGGGAAAGAAUCACUAUCUACAACAUGUUCGAAUUAGUAUCGAGUUGGAGAGGAAAAUCAUGUUUAUGGUGCAUAAUGGAGGAAAGAACUUGUUGAUUUAUUUCUCUUGGUUCUCGAAUAAAUACUUCCGAGGGAAUGAUGGACCGGCGUUGAGGGCAGAGUGUGUUCGACACCUUCUGUAUAUGACGAUGGAUCCAGCGAAAGUGCCGCCAGCUGCGUUUGAAAAUCGGAUUCAGUUGCUGCAUUUGAUCGUUUCCACGGCGCCGCCCGGCCCAGAACAACAAUGGCUGAAACUCUGUCUAUUUGCCGAUUGGUUCGGUUGUGACGAUAGGAAUCCGACGAACUUCAACUACGUGGAACUACCCCUGAACGUUGUCAGAUACGCCCUCUUCCUGUCUCCAUCUACACCCCAUCCCAACUCCAUCGUUCAAGGCUCUCAUUGCUCGCAAUUUGCCAAUUCUCUUCUGGAAUAUGUAUGUAAAUCGGUAGACGUUCUUCAACCAUCCAGUGCCGAGUACAUCCGUCGCAACGUCAACAAUGCCAUGAGAUAUUGUAGAGAUAGGCUUCAACACAAUCUUGCGCAGAUUUUGGAGAACUCGAAAAUCGACAGAAAAGUGUCCGAAUUGCUGCGCGUCGUUUUCCCGGAUUUUGUGAGGAAUCCCAAUGGAAGUUCAUUGAUAAGACCAGCUAAGAAGAAGGAAGAUCAACCACCAGCUCCAAUCACAAAGCCAAGAGCAUCAUCGUCAGAUGAGAAGUCGUCGACCUCUUCUGCAACGCCUCCAGUGACUAUUGACAAGCCUUCUUCAUCAAAUACCGAUAGGUUACAAAAGGAGAAAGAGGACAAGGAAGAUAAAGAUUUGAAGUCGUUGGUAAAACUGUUGAGAGGGGAAAUAGGUGUGAAAAUGGAGGCGUUAAGAGCGCAAUGGAAGGAUUUGGAUGAUGAUGCGGAUAAGUGUGAGACGAUUGAAGCCUUGUUACAGCACAUGUUGAAUACGGAAGAAAACUUUGACGAAGCGCAACAAGAUCUGGCUGCACAAUGCCUUCAGGCUAUUAUGGGUUCUGUAGUGACCCCCGAACAAUCAUUGCUACCUGAAAAGGAGAAGGAUCUAUCAGAAGCGUUCACACAUCCUGUCUACUCGUUUAUGAAGAUUCUCUGCUCCCCGCCGGAUAACGAUGACAACUCUCGAGAAAUGCUAACGACAAUGAUGGCUGCAAUGCGGGAGAAGGAUUCAUCGCUGACAUAUGUGCUCCUCUAUUUCAUCAAAGGAACCUAUGGAACAUCAGCGAAUAAAGUGAUAUCUUGCUAUCGAGAUAUUGCAAAAAUAAGUGGUCGAGGUGUCGAUGAGAUGUUGGCCACGGAUUUGCAAUUGUGUGCUGUGAAUGAUAAUCGAUUGUUCGGUUAUCUCUUCAUCUUCUCAUUUGUUCAAUUCGAAAAGGAGGUCAUGGAGAGUCCGAUGCUAAUGGCUACACUCUGUGCGAAUCUAGACGCCUCUCAGUUGAGAAAGUUCCUUAGUGAGAUUAUUAGAGAGGAAAUCAAACUGUUUCGCAAGGACACAUUCUCCAAAAUGCUCAUGGAAUCGGUGGAAUGGUCGACAGCGGCACAAUGGAUCUUCUGGCAUCUAGUGCACGCUGAUGGCGUUCCAGUAGAGUGGUUUUUGAGUUGUGUGCCACGAAUGGAUUCUAAGAUUCAUGACGAGGCGAUUUCGAAUAUGCUUCUGAUGCUGAAAAGGAUGGAUCGGGAACCAUGGCCCGGUCUAAUUCGAUCGAUAUUCCAACGGCUGCCUCAGAAGGAUGAUAAGUUCCCAAUCGAUGCGCUGAAAGUGCUUAUAGAAGAUUCGGAUCAGUGUGGCAAAAUCGCUGAAAUCGUCUCCUCCCUACUCAAAACUCUAAUAUCGCAAAACGACAUUCUGGGCGUCGGAAUAAAAUCCACCAAGAAGGGUCAACAAUACAAGUUGACUGUGCAACAAGUCCUCGAACACCUUCAACACUUUAGUGCCACGUGUGUCGAGAAGAAGAACAAGAAUACAGAAGCCUUCCUUGGCAAACAUGUUAUGCAGGAAGCAUUUGCCAGUAUUAGAGCAAACGAAAAAUCAAAUUUGCUCGUCAAAAAGUACAGUAAUCUGUUCGGCGCAAUGGACAUUAUUGCUCAGGAGCACAAGGAGCAGUCAUCGUCAAGAACAUUGAGAGGCAAUAGACAAGGAUCCGCUGGAGACAAGCCUUCAUCGUCACAGCAGUCGAAGCGGAAAGGAGGUGAUAUGGAUGACGAUUCGAACAGCAAGAAGCGCAAGGUGCACAGUCCGAUAAUAGAGUUGAGCGAUUCGGAUUCCGACUAA